GCCGCGCCCCCCCCCCCCGCUUCCUCCUCCUCCUCCUCCUCUUCCUCCUCCUCCUCCUCCUCCCCGCUGCCCUUCCUCCCCACGCCCGCCCCGCACGGCGCGGCGCUCCGCCCGGCACCCGCGUCCGCGCCCGGCCCGCCUCCGGCUCCGCCAGCCUCGCCCGGCGGCCGCGCAGGGGCAGAGCGAGCCGGCGCCGGCGAGGAAUUAGGAGCGAUCCGAGGAGGAGCGAAAAAACCCCCCAUCAUCAUCAUCAUCAUCAUAAUAACCAUAAUAAAGGGAGAGCCGGCGCGUUAGCGAGCCUUUUUAAUUUUUAAUUUUUCCCUCUCCUCUUCCUCCUUCUCCUCCUCCCUCAAAUUUUUUUUUUAAUUUUUCUUUUUUUUUUUCCUUUUUUUCUUUUUUAUUUUUUUUUGGGAGGGGGGUGAGCGCGCUCAAAAAUUAACAUUUGAGGUGUCCUGCGCGGUGGGAGCGCACGCAGCGGAUCAUCAUCAGUCAUUCACCACCUUGACAACCUCGCCUGUGAUUGACAGCCGGAGUGGCAAAAAGCCAUGAGACUUGGUAGUUGGGUUUGAGGGGCACUUUAAAAAAAAAAAAAAAAAAGAAAAAGAAAAAAAAAAACCUGAUUUGGGGAAAGGAUAUUUGCUUUCGCCCCGCUGCUGUCUUGGAAACCAGAGGGGGAGAGUAAGAGAGAGACAGGGAGAGAGGAAAGAAAGAAAAAAAGAAGGAAGGAAGGAGGGAGAGUUGAAUUUUUUUUUCCUUUUAUUUUUUUUUUCCUCCCUUUUUUUAAUGCUGAGUUACCGUAUCGCUUCGCUGAGAUCCAGCAAGCCGAAGAUUUUACUCGAUUGCUUUCAUUGCUGGCGACGCUAAGGGAUUUUUGCAUUUUUUGGGGGGGUAAGGGGGGGGGAACUUCGCGUUUCUUUCUUUUCACACUGGCCUUAAAGAGGAUAUAUUAGAAGUUGAAGUAGAAAGGGAGCAAGCAGGCCGAUGGCGCAAAGGUACGACGAGCUGCCCCACUACGGCGGCAUGGAGGGGGUGGGCAUCCCCACCACCAUGUACGGGGACCCCCACGGCGCCCGCCCCAUGCAGCCCGUCCACCACCUCAACCACGGGCCGCCGCUCCACUCGCACCAGUACCCCCACGCCGCCCACGCCAACGCCAUGGCCCCCGCCAUGGGCGCCUCCGUCAACGACGCCCUCAAGAGAGAUAAAGAUGCCAUCUACGGACACCCCCUGUUCCCUCUUUUAGCACUGAUUUUUGAGAAAUGUGAACUAGCUACAUGCACACCCAGGGAGCCCGGGGUAGCGGGAGGCGAUGUUUGCUCCUCUGAGUCUUUCAAUGAAGACAUAGCAGUGUUCGCCAAACAGAUCCGAGCAGAGAAACCCCUCUUUUCCUCUAAUCCUGAACUGGAUAACUUGAUGAUUCAAGCCAUACAAGUAUUAAGGUUUCAUCUGUUGGAAUUAGAGAAGGUACACGAAUUAUGUGACAAUUUCUGCCACCGGUAUAUUAGCUGUUUGAAAGGAAAAAUGCCUAUCGAUUUGGUCAUAGACGAUAGAGAGGGCGGAUCAAAAUCGGACAGUGAAGACAUAACAAGAUCAGCAAAUCUAACAGAUCAGUCACAGCAAUAUUUGGAGAGGCCCUCCUGGAACAGAGACCAUGAUGACACGGCAUCAACGCGCUCUGGGGGAACCCCUGGGCCCUCCAGCGGGGGACACACAUCGCACAGCGGGGACAACAGCAGUGAGCAAGGUGACGGCUUGGACAACAGUGUAGCUUCCCCCAGCACAGGUGAUGAUGAUGAUCCAGAUAAGGACAAAAAGCGACAUAAAAAGCGUGGCAUCUUUCCCAAAGUAGCCACAAAUAUCAUGAGGGCAUGGCUGUUCCAGCAUCUAACACACCCUUACCCUUCAGAAGAACAGAAAAAGCAGUUGGCACAAGACACAGGGCUCACUAUACUUCAAGUGAACAACUGGUUUAUUAACGCUAGAAGAAGAAUAGUUCAGCCCAUGAUAGACCAGUCCAAUCGAGCAGUAAGUCAAGGAACACCCUAUAACCCCGACGGGCAGCCGAUGGGAGGUUUCGUGAUGGACGGCCAGCAGCACAUGGGCAUCCGAGCACCAGGACCUAUGAGUGGAAUGGGCAUGAAUAUGGGCAUGGAGGGGCAGUGGCACUACAUGUAACCUUCACCUAGGUAACCAAUGGCAAAGCCAGGGGGAAGGCUGCAAAGUAUGCCAGGGGAUUAUGUGUCUCGGGGUAGUCCAAUGGGUAUGAAUAUGGGACAGCCAAGCUAUACCCCACCCCAGAUGCCCCCCCAUCCUGCUCAGCUGCGUCAUGGCCCCCCCAUGCAUACCUACAUUCCUGGACACCCUCACCACCCAGCGAUGAUGAUGCAUGGAGGACCACCCCACCCUGGAAUGCCCAUGUCAGCAUCAAGCCCCACAAUGCUUCAUACCGGCGAGCCGGCAGUGAGCGGACAAGUGAUGGACAUUCAUGCUCAGUAGCUUA